CUUAGGACCAGGAAUAGCUGUGAAUUAGGGAAAACGCUGCAAUCCCUUGAAGAGUGGCGGAGGUGUGCGCUGUACGGAGAUUGGAAAAGUGCAUGUCUCUGUUUACUGGCUUCCCACUCCAUGCAUUCGUAGGUAGCAGCUGCAUAGUUUAGACAGCGAUUAGAUUCCAGGCGUUAAACCUAUUUUAGAGACGGAUUUAUUUAUUUCCUUAAUCGGCGGAUUUUCUUUCUGGAUUUGAGAAGAUGGUUAUUCGUGUGUUCGUCGCCUCCUCUUCUGCCUCUAUUGCGAUCAAGAAGCGACAACAAGAUGUUGUGGGAUUCCUGGAGUCUAACAAGAUUGAAUUUGAAGAGAUUGAUAUAACAAUGUUGGAAGAUCAGAGACUGUGGAUGUACCACAACAUUCCUCAGGAGAAGCAGCCUGUGAAAGGAAACCCACUCCCACCUCAGAUAUUUAACAACGAUGCAUAUUGUGGAGAUUAUGAUGCUUUCUUCGAAUCGAAGGAAAAUAAUACGGUUGCCACAUUUUUUGGUUUGAAACCAAAAUCUACAUCACAGAUCCUUUGACACUGACAGAUCUUCAGGUUCUCCAAACUGCUGGCUCAUCAUGAUUCUGAACCAUAGUUCCUUGAAGACCCACCUGUACCCUGAAUGGUUUGCCUUGUGUAGAGCUGCCUCUCAGCUUGGCUAUUCUUUAUUGGAACACUUCAGCACAAUAAAUGCCUUGUGUUAUGUCAUUGACUAUUGCUCUAUAUCCCAGCUGAUCGCAAUAAAACCUCUUUGCUGUAAUGGCUUUUAGAAGAAAAGAAUCAUAGGUCAUGUCAACUCUACACGAAACAGUCAAGUUUGUGACAACACUGGAUGGCUCCUGUUUGCUGCUUGCCGUCUUGCCUUAGUGAGUGAAUUUAGGUUCAUCUGAGCAGUGUUGUAUCGGUGUUCUACCUUCGCCAACACCAUAAUUGCCCCUCGAAAAAUGAAAGGGGCAAACCACGGGUUAAUGUCAAUAGUGCAACGUUUAAAUAAGGACAUCUCCUCUCUAUGGCAUGCAUAUAGCCAUUAGUGGUGAUUAACAGAAGAAUAGGAAGAUUUUUGUAGAUGAAUAUCUACUGAAAGGGAUCAACUUGGUAAAACACUGGCUGCUGGAGGAACUCAGCUGGGCUAUUCAUUAUCGGAACACUUCAGCACUUCAGUGUUAUGUUGUCAAUUGUGGAGGCAAGCAGGUAGUUGACAUUUUGGGUCAUUAGACCCAAUGUAGGGUGUAGACCCAAAAAUGUCAACUAUCACUUUGCAUCCACAGAUGCUGCCUGACUCACUGAGUUCCUCCAGCAGUUUGUUCCUUUUUUUCCUGAAGAGAUCUGGUGUUUUAUGUCUCUUUAUGAAACUACAUCAUACAAAAGGCUGAAGAGUUUUGAGGAACUGCUGCUGUAAUUUCAAACUCUACUGUGCAGAAAGCAUGCUGAGAUCAUUACUGGAGCAAUGCCAUCAUUAUAAUGCUAGCAAAGGCACAAUACUAUAUCACAUGACCUGGCAGGGAUGUAUUAAAGGCUUUUUGUUUUUGCUGAGAUAUCUAUUUGCCAAACAUUUCUUACUGUGUUUUUGUAUGUACUUUCCAACAGGUCCGUAUCAUUAGCUAUUAAUAGUUCUCCCCAGAAGUUUUGUCAACAGCAAGUCAUAUUUAAUACAGCUAAAGGAGUAUGAUACAUCUUGCAGAGGCAGGCCCAUUAACUUAGUAAUUACUUAUUUCUGUCUCUGGCUAUGUGACAUCAUGAGGAACAGUUUAAAAGUCUCAUUGUCAAACAAUGUCCUUCACCAAAUAUAUUUUUACAGCAUCAUAAAGGUUGAAUCCUCAAGGACCACAUCAGUCAUUUCAUCUGGUGAAUGGGAAACAACACAAUGGGCAAAAUCUAAAAUGGAUUAAAAUGAUUCUACCUAGUCAUGAAUCUGUAUUUACUAACCAAAAAAGUAGUAAUGUUUGCAAGAGAAUCUAAUGUCUGAUUGGCUUAUCAAAUCUGAAUUAAAUAAACAUGAAGCUGGUAGAAACAGGGUGAGACCAUGGAUAAGUUGUAUUCUAAGGAUUAUUUUGUCAACAUAUAACAAAUCCUAUAUCUGCUUGCUGUGUUCAGUGGGUUUUGGAGCUUAGAGUUAAUUGUGUUUUACUUGGUGUAACAUAUGAGUUUAGGUUUUCUCCCAACUUAUUAGUUGGAAACCAAAGCUAUUGUCUUCCAUUCCAGCCAUGAACACUAUUGCCUUGCAAUUCCCCCUUCCCUAUCAAAAACAAAAAAGAUUACUCUCAGCUUCAGUGUCAUAUAUGAUUGCCAAAUGGGACUUGGGUCAAAUACAGUACAGGUCUUGAACACUACUUAUUCUUACCUGAACUUCCCCAUCCUCAGUUUAGCCAAGGCUGAAAGCCUUGCCCCUCUGUUCUUUUAGUCUGUCAAUUGCACUGUUGAAUAUUUAUGACUAAGCAUCCACUGUUCUCAAAAUAGAGAAUACAAAAUAUUUGCAGCCCUUUGUUAGAAAAUAGGUAUUUUUUCUUUCAUCUCAUUCCUUAUCCAGAGACCAGGCUUCCAGUUUCAGACUCUUCAUUCAGGGAAAACAUACUUUAGACUUCUAGCCAAUUGCCCACUAAUGCUUCAGUGAAAGCACCUUAUGUAUUUCUAAACCCAGUGAAUACUAAUCUAUUCAUUGUCUUUUCACUGGGUAAACCAAUCUACAUUACAAGGUAGCAUGCCCUUUCUUUGCUAUGGAGACUAGAGCAGUGCUGCAGAUGUACGGGCACAGCAAGAUUCCCUUUCUCUUCUACUCGAAACACCAACCCACAUCCAAUAAAAGCCAAUAUACCAUUUGUCUCCUUAAUUGCUGCCUGGCCAAAAAUGUGUAGAUUCAUUUGUACCUCACAAUUUAUUCACUUCUGUCCUUUAAAAAAAAAUCCCAUUUUCCAUUCUUCCAACCAGAGGGAAUAAUGAAAUGCUUCUUCACCUAAUGCUCUAUUUGCCACCUUACUAAAUCACUUAAACUGCCAUUAUCUUUAAAGUCUUUGGAUCUGUAUCACUAAGUAAAGGUAAAUUGUUUCAACAAUUAAAGAAAACAAUAGCUAACUUUAUUUCCAUAAGUUUUUAAAUAUCUCCAGCUGUAUUGUAAUGGUUGCCAAUUUGUGGCCGAAACUAGAUUGCAAAGUCACUCAGCUACGUAAAAUAUGAUCAAAAGUACCAGACAAGUUGAUACACUUGACCUUCUGGCCAAAACUGUGUGUAAAAAAUAAAUAAAUAAAUUCCACAUAUGGUUAUAAUCAUUUCACAAGAUUUCAGAAUCAGACAUUUUGACAACAAUCUAGUUAAUAUUAUAUAGGUAGUUGUACCAAAUAUCAACAUGCUGCAUGCAUCUGGGUGCACCCAUGUCUUGUUCAUCUUGUAACCCAUUAUUCACUACUCCUCAAGCACACGUUCUUGACUGGUUCUGGUAGACAAGGUGUGAUGGAUCGAAAAAUGCCUGUCGUGUUUCUUUUCAAAUCAAAUAGUCUUUUAUACUUUAAAUGUGUACGUUUGAACUUUGCUGUAAACAUGAGCAUCAUCUCGAUGAGUUACUAGAGGUGCAUCUUUAUUUUAAUGGUCAUCUGGACUAGGUCACAUUAAUUCUUUUGUUGCAUAUACCGCAUGUGCUAUUUGUGUUUUACACACGAGUCUGUGCUGUUUGAAUACUGAUAAAACCUGAAGAAUGCCUGUGUAUGAUGCACAUGACUUGCCACAAAGUUUAGUCAAAUAGCCUAACUCUCUUUGGUAAAGAGAUAGUAGAUUAUUCGGAUGUCAUGACAUUCAUUUGAUUCUGUGGUGGUUGGGAUGCAGCUCCCUUCUUGACAACUGGACAACCAAUACAAAAUCUCAGCAGCAAAGGUGCUGUAGAUUUCAAAUGCCAUUUGGUAGAGAUAUGAUUUUCUAGCCAAAUUCUGUGCUAUCAAUGUGAAAAUUGCAAUGUAACUGGAAAUUUCAUUUCUGAGGAGCAUUGCUGCCUCAUGUCUUGAUCGUGAUCUCUGGCUAUACCUGUAUGAAGAUUUUUUUUUUAAUUUCCCAGUGACCACAUGGCUUUCGGCUGAGUGCUUCUAUUUCCCCUGGUGUCUCAAAGGCACGUAGGUAGAUUAAUUGGUAAUUAAAUCAGCCCCAGUGUAGGUAAGUGGAAUGAGGGAAUUGGUGAGUCAUGAGCAGAUUCUGGUUGUAAGGAGACUAAGUGGAGACAUGGGGCUGAUUGAUAUGCUUUGAGAAGUGCCAUUGACCCAUGGAUUAAAUGGCCUCCUCAGUUUGAGGAAUUUUAAAAAUUUGUAUUGCAGUCUGGUUAAAUUUUUCUCACAGAUUUUUCAGUUAAAGCUACAUUAAUAAAAAAAAUGAGAGCUAUUUUUAAAACAACGCUCGCAGAUGCUUAGAAUAAUCAUUUGAUCAAUAUGACUGGGUAAACUUGACUUUAUACAAUACUGAGAAACAAUGGCUGUAAUCAAGACCUGCUUAAAGCAGACUGCUUAGUCAAAAAGACAUUUUAAAAGUGUAAUGAAAACAAAAUGAUCUCCACUGAGUGGGGAGCAUGGGCACAUGACUAUUCAGCUGCUUAAAGUGAUUACAGGUUCUGAAGAGAACUGCUGCACACAUUGGAAUUAAAAUUUGCUGAGUAAGCAAAUGAAGAAAUACUCAGGCUAUUUAUUAUUUAAACUACUAGCCAAACAGAUCAUGAGCUUCUGUCAUUACUCAUAGAUUUUACCUUUCUGAAAUGUAUAGUCCGGUGAAAUUUUUUUUUUUUUUUUUUUUAGUUCAAUAACAGUGGGAAAAAGUGAUUUUUUUUUUGCCAAAGGCACAUAGUAAUGUAAUGAUUCCCUCCCACCUUAAUAUUUGUAUUUGCUGUAAAUUGUUUUCACAAUUGCAGUUCAUUACUUGAGCAUUACAGAGAUGAGUGCAUUUACAAAAUAAAUGAUUACUUUCUGAUUCACUUUAGCUUUUCAACAUAGUGUACAUAUUAAAAGGUACAUUGCAGUUUAUUUUGCAAGCAUUUCUCAUGCCUCCACAGACUGAAGAAUUCAGUCACCCUCUAGUAAAUCAACAGAAUUAAAAUUAUAGAAACAAAUUCUGUGUGGAGCAAGAUGGUUCAUGCACUACUUCAAGUGUGGAUGAAUUAUCUGUGGAAUGAAACAUCAGUUACGAAAGUGAGGACUGAAACCUGUAAUUUGCAGAAGUUUCCCUUUUAGCUUUGAACUUAGCUUUUGAAUGAUUUUAUUCUGAUGAAAUAUGUUCUGAAAAUUUAUGGCUUUCAGUUUAUGCUUAAUUAAUUUUUCACAUUUUGCAUCUUUGAGAUUGUAAUUGUCAUAAUUUAAAAUGUUUGUAUAUUUGCACAUUUCGAUAUUUAUAUGAAGCCAUUGCACAACUAUUGUUUCAUGAGAUAUUGACAGAGAAAAGAUUUGGAUAUUGAAUGUAUAAUCCCAGCUAUUUGACCUCUGAUUUUUCUGGGAAAUAUGAUGUUGUACAGUACUGAGGGGAAGUUCUCGACUGCCUUGAAAUUGGCAGUCACUUGCACUCUGGAUUAGGUUUUUUUUUCCCUCCUAUAUGGUAAAUUAGACUGGUUUCCAGCUCUUUGGGAUGGUCCAAGAGAUGAAAGGACCUCUCCCAGUGCACUUCCAAUUGCACUGACGGAACUAUUCUAACUGCCCUAACCAUGGGGUUGAAUAAUCACAAACAUGAGAAAAUCUGCAGAUGCUGGAAAGCCAAAGCAACAGGCAAAAUGCUGGAUGAAUUCACCAGCCAGGCAGCAUUUAUGGAAAAGACUAAACAGUGAACGUUUCCGGCUGAGACCCUUAAUCUAGAUGCAGGGUCUCGGCCCAAAAUGUCGAUUGUUUACUCUUUUCCAUAGAUGCUGCCUGGCCUGCUUAGCUCCUCCAGCAUUUUGUGUGUUUUAAGGGACUAUUAAAUAUGGUGUCUAAGUUGAAUGUUCAUGAAUAUGUUCAUGUUCACUAAUUCAGGACCUAUUUAAAAGAAACUUGACCACAGGCACCGAUGCACUCUUAAUAAACUAUUAAAAACUUUGAAACUAAUGAAAUGAAACGAAGGCCAUUACUUACCUUUCUCCUAUUACCAGACUUCCUCCAUUUCAUUUCAAUGACCUUACUAUUCUGGCGGCAGUUUUCCCAGCCCAAGACUCCACCUGCUGAGCACAGGUGUCCAGCAGUUUGCUGGUCUUGCAGAAGAUUUGCAACUGAGCUGUGUGUGUUAGGUACACCAACAUUAAAGAGCCUAAAUUACUUCGAUCAUGUAGAACAUAGAACAGUAUAGCGCAGCACAGGCCCUUUGGUCUAUGCUGUGCCAAUCUUUUGACCUAUUUCAAUCUCAAUCUAAUGGAUCCCUCUAGUAUAGUUCUCCGUUUUUCUUUCAUCAAGGUGCCAUCUAAGAAUCUCUCAAAUGUCCCUACUGUACCGAUCUCUACUAUCACCCCUAGCAGUGUGUUCCAUGCAUUCACCACUGUUUUACAAUUGAAACACCUACCUCUGAUAUUCCCCAAAUCACCUUAAAACUAUGCCAUCUCCUAUUAGCCAUUUCUACCCUGGAAAGAUGAUGCUGGUUGUCUAUACUUUCAAUACUUCUUAUGCACCUCUGUCAAUUCUCCUUGCAUCCUUUUCCACUCCAACGAGAAAAGCCCUUACUUGCUGAACCUUUCCUCAUAAAAGAUGCUUUCUAAUUCAGGCAGCAUACUGAUAAAUUGUCUGCACCCUCUCUAAAGCUUUCACAUCCUUCCUAUAAUGAGGUAACUGGAACUGAAUGCUCCAAGUGUGGUCUCAGUGUUGUUACUGUAUUCCAUUUAACAUACCUUAUUACCUUUUGUGUCUUGUAUAUUCUAACUGAUCCUUUCUCAAUCCAAAAUUACUCAACAUAGAAGUUAAUUGUCAAACUAAGCGAAGUGUUAGCAUUCCUUGUAAACAAUGGGUUCCUACUGGAUUUUAUUCCAGAUGGUAAAAAGCUUUUCUUGCUCAGCUCUGCCUCCCACAUUCUCACUUCUCCCAAUGAGUUGACAAAGGCACUUCCAUCCAGAGUAUGAUGAAUCAACUAAGCUUUAUUUAACUCUCAGCCCACUAGUACAUUGUUGGUUUUAUGAGCUUAUAAUGUUGAGCUUCAAGCCAAUUUAAUAUCUCCUUGUUUUAGAACAUUGGAUAUUAUAACAGAGGACACAUACCAAUAUGCAAACCAUUUUCUGUUUCAUAGUUCUAUUGUAAAACAGUACGCUUUAAAUGGAGAAAUACUCCUUGUAUCAACACAGCUUACUGCAAUGCUUCCUUGCAACAAUGAUGCCAUUAUGAUUAUUUAAUAAUGGCUUACAACUUCCUGUGUAUUUCCACCCACAGAUGCACAAUUGGGCACAAUUACAAGUUACUUUAGGCAGGAGAUAGAAGCACAAUAAAUCAGUAUGUCUGAAACAAUUGUAUUUUUUUAAUUCUCUAUUUAAUUCCAAAGACUGAAUACAUCUCUGCCUGUAAUAAUGGCCAAAUUGUAGAGCUUUUUUGCAUGUUUGGUGAGUUUCUUGCAGUUAUGAGUGUUUAAGGGAAGGCUUUCCAUUGUGUGGAUUUAUGAUGUAGUGGAAGUCCAUUUUUCUACUGUGUUUGUUAAGACCGAGAGUUGGGGAGUUGUGGAAUUGUUUGAAUAUAGCAGGUGUUAAUUCAGAAGAGCACCAAUCUUCAGUUCAUUACUAUAAUAAAAGAAUUAAUCCAAUUUCAAAUUAUGCAGACAGAGCACUGGCUCACAGUAGGAGACUGGCUGCUCAAGAGAUCUGGUUUGAAAUCUGACAAGUCUAUGAGGCCUUCACAUCAGCCAAAUAUAAAGCAACAGAUAUAUUUGUUAGUCUGCAUCAAACCAGGCAUCAGACACCUUCAGCUAAGCUAUUUUGCAUAUUGUUACAGAGAUCAGGGAAGCUUCCUAACUAGCACAUCAAACCUGGUUAUCAGCAUACUUGCCCUGAAUAUCAAUAACUCAGAUAUUAGUGUACACAACACCAAUAGGUGCCUGAGUUCUCAGUCCUCAGACGGCUUUAGAUCAUCCAUGUAAAUUACUUUGUCUCAGAAAAAGUGAUUAAACAGUCGCUGUGUAACCAUUGCAAAUUCAAUGGAACCAUUUGUCAGACACAAAAUACUGAAAUAAACACUAUCAUUAUUGCUACUGAAAUUGUAUUGAAUCACCUGCUAAAACAUGGUGUACUUUGAGAUGAGGAGACAGAGAGGGUCUUCAAGGGAAUGUCAGCUUGCCUUGUUGAAGAAUGACCAUUUACAAGAACUAGCUUAAGUCUCUGAGUGACUCAAUUCAGCAGUCUGGGUUUCUUUUAAUCAGUCCUCACUGUGAUGCAUGCUAAAUUUUCUUUUUCAAAGUUCAAAGUAAAUUUAUUAUCUUUUUCUUUUGAAAACAUUUUUCCAGAGCUUCAUAUGAUCACGGGGAUUAGGAGCACGAUAGAUCAUUUGCUAUUCACUAUGAUUAUGACUUAACAUCCACUUUAGUGCUCUGCUCUUUCCUUCUAUCUACAUAAAUAUAGAACUUAAAAUUUGUUCCCAGGUUGCCAGUUCAAAUGGCAUUACAUUUCAGAAGAAAAGCUUGAUGUGCAUCUGCAUGUAUGUUCUGUGUCCAAUUCAAGCUUAUUUCUACCCUGCUAUGUCUAUUAAAGUUCAACAGAGGCUAACUUAUUUUAUACUGAACUCAGUAUUUACGUAUAUUUCUGUUACGUAUAUUUCUGUUAUGCAGAUUUCCAUUAAUUUCCUUCUAUUUUAUGGUGACUAUAAACUUGAGUUUGGCAGGAAAUUGUAGGGCAAUCCUACGGAGGCUAAACAGGCAUGCAAAAAGAUAGCGAUUUUAUUGUUCCACAACAGGAAACUUGCAGUGUAACCUAUGCCCUAUAACUGAUUUAAUAAACUAAAUUUACGGUUUAUCCACAAAUUUCCUGUGUUCUUUAUGCAUUGAUGAGUCUGUUCAAAUGUGAUCUAGCUCAAUGAUAAGAAAAGGUUUGGUGCUAAGAAUUUCACUGCAUUAUUUCACAUUGUUAUUGAAGCUCUGGUAACUAGUCCCUGUCAUAUUUAAACUAGGUUGCUGGAAACAUUUUAUUCCUGUAUUAAAUAAUAAAAUUUAUUUUUAUUUGUGUCCUACUGAUGUUAAUGUAGUUUGUUGUUCUAAAGGUUGAAUACAAGAGUUUUUACAUUGCGUGAGAUUUUUUUUCUGAUGUCUUCAAAUCACGUAAAGUAAUUGUGAAACUAUUGGCACAGUCCUUGUGUAAUGUAUACUGUUGAAAUAAA